AUGGCGGCGGCGCUGGCGGCGGGCGGGCCAGGCGGGCGGGACGCGGGGUCGUCGGUUCCGCCGCUACGGCGAGGCCGGGGUCGUCGUCGGCGGGACGAGGCCUGCCCCGCGGACGCCGACGGAGCCCCGGAGACCCCGGCGCGGCGCUCGGGCCAGCGGGAAGGCCCCGCCGGAGACCCGGGCCCGCCGCGAGAUUUUAUCUUCAGAACGCCCGUCACCUUGGCCAAGCAUGGAGAAGUUCAAGAGGAAUAUAAAAGCCACUUGCGAAAGCUGAGACAUGAAAAAUGGGCAGAAGAGAAAAAGCCGGAGGAUUUGAUUCACAAGCUGAUGGCGGACGAUGCUGAAGUGGACAGGAGAAGGACGGACGAUCAGAAGAAAGAGGAAUCCCUGAUGGGCAGAACCAGCCACGAACAUUUUCCCGAGUGCCUGUCGGAUUCGGAGAACGAGGAGCCCUCCCAGGGCCGACCCGUGUAUCGGUCGGCUUUCGUCUCCAAGGGCAACGCCUACCCCAUCGCCUCGCUGGCCGGAAAUUUUAGCUCCAAAGUCGAAAGGAGUCAAAGUUGCAACGAUACGCUGGGGAAUCGAUCGAAAAGCAGGCAGAGAUCGGCUCCCGUCAGAACAAAGGUCAACCUCCUUGCUGGUGCCUCAGUUUCCCUGGUGGGCGUCCUCUCCUCCACCCAGAACAACCGCUGUCUCUCUGCUCCGGACCUGACCGCCGAGAAGCGCCUGGUGCUCUCCCACCAGGCGCCCUCUUCCUUCCCCGCCCUGCCCAGGCAGGAGCGCUCCAUCAGCCCCGAGAGCAACGACAGCAUCUCCGAGGAGCUGAACCACUUCAAGCCCAUCGUCUGCUCACCUUGCACGCCGCCCAAGCAGCUGCCGGACGGGCGCGUGCUGAGCCCUCUCAUCAUCAAGUCCACCCCCAGGAACUUGACCAGGAGUCUGCAGAAGCCCACCACGUACGAAGCCAGCCCACGGAUCCUGAAGAAGUGGGAGCAGAUCCUCCAGGAACGUCAGGUCAAGAAGACCCUCUGCAAGGCCACCUUGACCACCUCGGCUCCUGAGUCAGGCGAACCUCCCAAUCUCCCUGUCCUGGUCAAGUGUCCUUUGCCGAUGUCCAGCUUGGUCUCGUUGCCGGACUCUCUCCCUCUCCUCUCUGUAGCCAAGUGCGACCGUUCCGCAAACGGUCGGAGAGACUCGGAGGCGACGGAGCUGACUCCCCACGUCCUCCCACCGAGAGCCGCCGAGAAGCUCCCCAAUUCCAGGAUUUCCGAGCCCCCCAAAGCGAAAACUGUUCCCCGCCUAGCCGGGCCUUGCCUUCACUUCGAUGCCAAAACGUCGAUGGCCCGGAAAGUCGUCCGAGUCAACUCGGCCUUGGAGAACGGCUCCCUUCCGGCCGAACGGAAGCCGCGCCGCUACUGGGACGAGAGCGAACUGCGCCGUCUCUCCAACGGCCUCCGUCUCGAGAGGGGGCUGGGCGAGGAGACCCCCUCCCUGCGGCGCGGGCAGAAGCGGCCGUGCAAAACCAAGCACCUGGACCCUUCGGUCAAGCGGCUGAGGCCGUCGGCCGCCUGUCGCAAAGGCCCUCCGGUCUCCGACUCGCGGCGACAGAAGAGGCGACGGCCGCCGAGCGGGACGGAGCAGAGACUACAGCAGGAGGAGGCCGACCGGCGGCUGGCCGUGCAGCUCCAGCGGCAGUUUCAGAGGGAGAGCCGGACACUGGAGCGGCCGAAGGGGCGAGCCGAGCAGUAUUUCUUACGCUCCAAGAACGUCACCGGGGCAAAGUAG